AUGCGUUUUCAUUUGACCCUAUUUGCAGUUUGCGCAUCUUAUCUUGUGUUCGCUCAAGACGACUUUGGUAAAGCUGAUGACGAACCAGAAGAAGAUCCAUGUGAAAAUGUGAAAUGUAAACUGGGUGAAAUAUGCACCAAUGGUAAGUGUGGUUGUCUUGACGAUUGUCCAUCUGAGUGGAACAGUUACAACAGACAGUUGUGUGUCGAUGGUGUGACCUACAGACAUGAAUGUGAUCUAUGGCGAAAUCAAUGUUAUUGUCGAUCAGGGGACUCAAGGUGUGGCGGGGAACAAUUCAACAAUCAUAGAGCAAAUGAAAAUUCUGCCAUCAAGUAUUACGAUGAAUGUCGUGAUCUUAGCGGUCUGUGUGACUGGGAACAGAAUGAAAAUACAUUCGCUCUUCGGCUUGGAUUGUGGUUUCAGGAGUUAUUGCGUCAAAAGUGGUCAUCAACAUCUUGGUCCAACGAUGAUGACAGUCUCCUUCGUCCAAUGGAUACAAAAGCCAGAAGUACUACAAGUAAACUGGUGUCACAGAAUUCCCUGCAUGAAAGAGUCAACGGAGGCGUUAUUAGCUAUUGGUUCUGUGAACUUGACCGAAGAAAUCGAGGAUCAUUACAACAAGACGAUUUGAAUGCCUUGUAUCAGCUGUUGUUGCCAUCAACACCCUGUCUGGAAGUGUUUAUUAAUCGUUGCUCCGGUUCUGGGGGAAUAUCAUUUGAUCAGUGGCAUAACUGUUUCGAUAUACCCGCAGAGGAACGAAUUCAGUGUAGCGAAUUCAAAUAA